AUGACAAGCCCGUCGCCGCCCGCCUGUCCCCAGUCACCCUCCGCCUGGGCCCGCCCCUACCGCCUACCGGAGGGUUCGCAUUCUCCCGCCUUCGCUCCGCCGCCCGGGCGAUUGGUCUGCCGGCUCCGGGCUAGUGGGGGAGGGCGUGGGGGGCGGCCAAACGGCAGGCCGCGCCCCGCCCCCCUUAAAGGGGAAGCCCGGGGAGCCAGUCUCUGCGCCCCGCAUCUGAAUGGGAUCCGGGAGGGGAGGCGGCUCGGUCCUUCCUGCCGUCCUCCCCGCGGGGAGGGGCAGCUCCUCUCGGCUCGCUCCGCCCGGCCACACCGGCUUUUUCCCCAUCAGGCGGUCCGAGUGCGGCUCCUCGCGAGCCUGCAAAGGAGCAGCAGGCGGUUCCUUUUGGGACGACCUGGAGCGAGGCCUGCAGGACUGCGCGCCCCGGCGGGCGGCGGGCGGCGGGCGGCUCCCGGCAUGCGCGGCGGCUGCGUUCCCGCCGCCUCCGAGCUCGCCUGGGGCUGCCGCCCGCCUCCUGCCGGGCCCUCAGGCUCGCCCGCCACCGCGGGGCUUGAUCGGGGAGAUAUUUUAGUACAACAUCUUUUCAUCACAGAAAUGAUAUCUUCAGGGAAAAGACUUCAAAAAAGUGCCUGAAGUGACAGAACACAUAUUUUCUUCUGGUAUCUGGCUAAAGCCUCCUCUUCUAAGCAGCAUAAACUACUGCUGCCUACAUGUUGCCUGUUCAUAAAGGCUGAGGUAGGGGAGUCGCUUGAACUCGGGAGGUGGAGGUUGCAGUGAGCCGAGAUCACACCAUUUCCCUCCAGCCUGGUGACAGAGCGAGACUCCAUCUCAAAAAAAAGAGAAGAAAAAAACAAAGAACUUUAUGCACCUUCUGGAAUAACAAAAUGCAAAUGUAAUGUUAUCUACCGGGAUAGAAAUUGGAGGCUAGAAUAUGUUGGGUAGGGUAGAGAGACUAGAGGGAAUGAUUUAGCAAUAAAAUAGGUUUAAAUAUCUUCUCA